UCAAGAAGAAGCCACUGAAGGGGAAGGGGGAGCGUUUGCGCAUGCUUCCUGGAUCUCUUCCGGGCGCCAUUUUAUGAGCGUCGGGCUGGGAGCGGAAGGCCACGUUUUCUUUCUCAGCUGCCGGUUGCCGCGUUGCGCUCUCCUCCGCUUCCCGCAUCAUGACGGACCGCUACACCAUCCACAGCCAGCUGGAGCACCUGCAGUCCAAGUACAUCGGGACGGGUCACGCGGACACCACCAAGUGGGAGUGGCUGGUGAACCAGCACCGGGACUCCUACUGCUCCUACAUGGGUCACUUCGACUUACUCAACUACUUCGCCACCGCCGAGAACGAGAGCAAGGCGCGGGUCCGCUUCAACCUCAUGGAGAAGAUGCUGCAGCCGUGCGGGCCUCCGGCCGACAAGCCCGACGAGUCGUAAGGUGGACCCCCCCCCCCCUCGGCCACUUGGCUCGGCGCGCUCCCUGAAGCCAGGAAGAGAGACUGCUCCGUAAAUCGGCGCCCGCUGGAAGGGAGUGAGAAGCUUGGGGACACCGCUGCGUAGUUGGCCGGCACGACCCUGCCUUCCCCCGGCCAAGGCUGCCCUCCCUGGAACUGGGCGCAUCGCACCGGCUUAGUACUGUCGCUGUUUCACAGACAAGCUGGAGAGGGGUGUGUGAUUUGGGAGCUUCACCUGGUUGCUGCCGCAACGUCAAAGUGUGGCCGGGCGCUCCAGAGACCGAGGCAGCUACAGUGGCCGGUUUCUCUGACUUUCUUAGGCGUACAAGAAUACAAGUGGCUCGUAUCAAGGACACUGGACGGUGUUUUUGUUUUCAUACAAGAAGCUUGUGCCGGGUUUUUUUUGGGAUGGGGGAGUUUGGUGAUAUCCUUU